AUGUGGACACAGCUCAAGAAGACACUUCUGGUAGCUGGCUCGUUCGCAUUGCUGAGCACCUCAGGCGGGCUAGCUAGUCCUCUACGCCACUCCUCAAUCAACCUCACGACGCGAGCCGACUCUAGCUACGUUGGCUACGGCUUCUACUACUUUAUCGGCAACGGCGCGGGUCAGGAGCAGAUCUUUGCCGCCGUCUCGCGCGACAACUCGCCGAACAGCUGGGACGUGGUCAACUCAGGCCAGCCUGUUCUCGUCUCGACCGUAGGAACGAAAGGUGUACGCGACCCGAGUAUCGUCCGUUCCGCAGACGGUAGUAGCUUCUACCUGCUUGCAACCGAUCUCAACAUUGGAUCGGGUACCUCGUGGUCGGAUGCAGCUCAGCGAGGCAGUCGUUCCAUCGUGGUAUGGAAGAGUGAGGAUGAUUUGGCAACGUGGUCGCAACCCAAAUUAGUCGAGGUGAUCGACCAACGAGCAGGAAGUGCUUGGGCUCCCGAGGCGCUGUAUAACGAGCAAACCGGAGAGUACGACGUCUACUUCAGCAGCCAGCUGUUCGCCGAGGAAGAUACCCACCAUACGGGUGCGUCGUACUACAGGAUCAUGCGUUCAAGCACCAAGGACUUUGAAAAUUUCAGCGAGGCUCAAGUGUAUGUGGAUAGACACAACGAUUCGACGCUCGAUCUCACUUUCCUCAAGACCGAGGAUUCCCUGUAUCGGUUCAUCAAGAACGAGAACCCAACUUCUGACCCUCACCCUCUCACCGUCUACCAGGAGAAGUCCUCGGACGGUACAGUGGAUGGUACAUGGACCAAGGUGACUGAAAACAUUGGUGCUGGCGUCAUUGGUGCAAACGAAGGCCCAACUGGCUUUGUCGACAAUCAGGAUGCUAGCAAGACUUGGCUGUACGUCGACGAAUACAAUAACCGCGGCUACGUAGCGUUCAACUCGAUCGAUGCCGCACAGGGCAAAUGGACAUUGGAUGGCAAUGCUGGCGAGCCGAGCAAUCACGCUCGACACGGAACCAUUAUUCCGCUCAACCAGAAUCAGUACGAUGUACUUCGUUCGCAGGUGUAA